UAAUUCGAUUAAAUAUAAUAUAUUGAAAUAAAAUAUAUUAAUGGAUAUACAUUAAUGGUUAAGAUAUAUACCAUAGACAAGUUCCAAGCUCUACAAUGAACAAUAUUUCAUCUCAUGAUUUUAUUCUUAAUUGUUGUAUCGAAACUAUUACAAUGCAUUGAUUAUAAGAAAAACUUGUACAAGAUUGCAUUAAGUUACGUUGGUGGGAAGAAACAAACAGUGGAAGACCGACGUGAUAGUUGAGCAUUUUUUCUGUGCUAAAAUGGCUUCUUCGUCGUUGAAAAGCACUCGAAAAACUUAUAGCUUCGAGGAACGAGAAAUUUUGAUAACCUUGAUAAAUAAGUACGAAGAUAUCGAAGAUAAAAGGUCCGAUCCAAUAUCGAUGUAUAAACGAAAAUCAGCAUGGUCUCAAUUGGCCAACGAAUACAAUUCAAUGGUAGGUCCACAAGGAAUACGUUCAGCUGUACAGUUAAGACGCUGUUGGGAAAACAUGAAAGCAUGUAAACGAAAUCGCGAAGAGAAGAAAUUGCGUGGUGUUUCAAAAAAUUUUUGUCAUCUGUCCAAAGAUCACACACGGUCAAAAAGUUGGGAAAAUAGAAAUUCCAUACCAGAUGUUCCCAUUCCUACCGGAACUAUAGGUUUACCGCCAAAUGUUAUGUUUGAACCAAAGGAAUCUGAACCAUUUACGUUGCAAACUGUGUGUACUAUAAAACCUUCGAAACAAAUCUCGAAAGAGGAAAAUAAUUGUAAAGAUACAGAUUCCAUCAGCAGUAAAAUCGAUUCGAACUCGUUAUCAUACGGUCCAGUAACUGACUGUUUCGACAAAUCUAAAAAAGAUUUGGAGUCACCUGUGCCGGAACAAUUAGACAAAGAUGAAACAGUGGAGAAAAAUCGACUUAUUUUCAAAUCAAAUGCAACACAAACGAUGUUUUCCCCUUCAAUUGUUCAUGAACAGCCCCGAAGGACGAAAAGAUCCCUUCACAAAGAGGAAGAAUUACAUGUAUUGGCUUUAUCGGAGGCACAGAUGAAAGUUGAUAUCGCUGCUAUGUUAAAAGAGGAGGCCAGGAUUAAAUUAGAAGAGGCUCACUAUCGUAAAGAAGAAGCUAGGCUAAGGAUGCUUCUUUUUACUUAUAAGUUAGAUAGGAUAAAAGAAGAUUGACCGAAGAGAAUAAAAUGAAUAUAUUCAUGAUGGCUUCGUGCGAUGUCUUUAUUCAUUUUAUUUUAUAGGAAUAAAAAACAGGAGAUUACCUUAGACUAAAUAUAACUGAACGAUAUUCUAUUUAUGUAUAUCUGUUUAUUAUUUGGAAUUUCUUUCUAACUACAAUUGAAAUCAUAAUAAAUAAAAGCUCGUAAUGCUAGUUACUUAUGAUUCCAUAAUAGGUAAUGUUUUUUAAAUACGAACGAGGAUUUUCUUUUUAAUCCUUGUUUUGAUGCUUUUUUAGGCUAUUUCGUAUAAAAGCUAUAAAUAGUCUCAUUUUAUCAUGCUAAUUUAAAAAAAAUUGAAUAUAUAAGUUGAAAAUAAUAGAAAAAUAUCGUAUUGUAAAAAGAUGAUUAUAAUUUUUAAAAUUCAAUUAAAAAAAUAAUUGCUGUUUUUAUCAGAAAAUAAAUUAGAGAAUUAGAUAAAGAAGAUCUUAAAUUUUACUUUUUUCUAUAAGAUUUAUCAACUUAUUUUUAAUAGAUUAUUGAAGAUUGCAUUCUAAAUAUUUUUUUAUAAUUGCUAAAUUUUUUAAUGUCUUUCAGAUUUCUCUUAAAAAAAAUUAACGCUAAAUAAUUAUAAAUAUCGCUCUUCAGGAAAGUAACGAGUCAAUAUACAAUCAUUGUAUCUCUAUAUAAGACUUUGAACAAUAGAUAAAGAGAAUAAUCUUGACUCAUAGUAAACCAAUGACAGUAUACAAUGUGUCAGUUUAUCGACAUGGCAGUCGUAGCUGGCAGUGGUCAGUGAAUUUGACUAGCUGUGUUUGAAAUCAUGAAAAUGGAAAGAAUAGAAGAGAAAGAAAUAGAAAGAACAAUCUAAUAUUUCGAAGAUCAACGAACCCUAAAUGAUUAAUUAAUCAAAUUGUUACAACAAUACUAUAUAGCAAGUAUUUUUAAAUUCUAAUAUCAUUGAAAUUAAAUUUUGUUAAAUGACAAUUUUAUCCAAAUUUUCCUAUUUCCUUUGAUUACAAUAGAAAACCCAUUGACGUCUCUAUUUCUCUAUUUUCAAGUCUCGAAUGUUGGACUAACGCCAAGUUCACGUUUUGAAAAGGAAUAUUUAACGAGAUUUGAUCUUCACAUAAGAUGGAAGUUAUCAUCGAGGACGGGUUUAGGCGACGAGCAACGAGCAACCUCGAACAAUGAUGGAUCGGUGUAGAUCGGUUCGCUAGGGUCAAAGCCGGUUCUUCUACUGGAUGACAAUCCUACUGCGCCUUCCAGAGCGGUCGAUGACGAGCUCACGCGUUGACCGAUCACGUUACUCAUUGAUCGGGAGAUCGACCUGUGGAUCGAACGAAUAUACAUCAACUUCAGGUCUCUUCGACGUCUUCCAAAGGAUGGUUCGCUCCUUCCGGUACCACCCGAGCAAUAAGCUGGUUGACAACCGUCUCGACAUGUUCGCACUGUCGCCUCGAACACCAAGAAAUUGGAUUCAGGGAUUUUGAAAGCGUUGAAACGUGCUUCGAGGCUGUCACCAUCCCGCAAACGAUCUAAUCCAGGGAACACGUAAUUGUCUACUGGACAACUGUGUGAACAAAUUGAAUAUUUUAUUUUUGAAAAGAUUUUUUGUUAUUUUUAAAUAUUUGUUGGAACAAAUUAUUAAAUUUAAAUGAAU